AUGGUCAUCGCUUGCUGCAAGAUGCUCAGUCUAUUGCUAAAUCGCAAGAAUAUCGAGAUAUUAACUGACACAUUGGUUGAGAAACCAUUUAGACCUUUGGAACCAGAUGAAAUUGAGAUUCGACAAAAAUAUAAUAACCUAAUACAGACCAAUUCUAUAAUCUACACGAUUUUUGUUGAGAUAACUUGCGGAUGCAUGAAUUUAACAUCUUUGCUUACGGAUUUCCGGCAAGGAAAUUUAGCGUAUAGAGAAUGGAUACCCUUCGAGUGGUCCGAUACACUGUAUUAUCUCACGUACUUUCGUCAAUUAAUGGGCUUAACGGCUGCAUCGAUCGUGAACGUUGCUUGCGAUAUAAUAAUUUGUGGAUUGCUGCUACAUAUUUACUGUCAAAUCGAGAUCUUAGAGUGCCGUGUGAGAAAAUCCUUGCGCAAUCGAGGCGACUUGGGUGAUUGUGUACGUCAGCACGAUCGUAUCUACAAAUUUGCAUAUAUGAUGAAUGAAAAGUUCAGAAUUAUAAUCGCCGUUCAAUUCAUCGCAAGUAUGCUAGUGGUAUGUUCCAAUCUUUAUCGAUUGGCGAAAACCACAUUGAGCCCAAAAUAUAUUCCAUUAAUGUUAUACACAGUCUGUAUGUGUUCGCAAAUUUUUAUCUAUUGUUGGUACGGAAACGAAGUGAAAUUAAAGAGCAUUCAAUUUUCCAAUGAAAUUUUCGGAAUGAAUUGGAUAACAGCAGAUAAAAAAGUAAGAGAAAAUCUUAUAAUGAUUAUGAACCGUUCUCUGAUACCAAUCGAAUUUUCUAGUGCCCAUAUUCUUACUGUGAAUCUAGAUUCAUUCGUGAAGCUGCUUAAGAUGUCGUAUUCAGUAUUUAAUAUACUUAAACAAACAAAAGAAGAAUAG